AUGUGGUUACAGAUGCCCUAUGGCACGCCGAAAACGAGCCGACCCCCGGGCCCCGCCAUCCCAACUUCGACCCAUCCCCUGGAAAAGUUUGCUAUUGCAGGCUCACGCUGGAAAGUCGAACCGCCGAUUACCACUUCCCUUCCCAAUGGACCACGAGGCAAGACACCGAUCCUCAGACCUAGGCGAGAAACAUAA